CCAUUGGUUGAAAAGGUGUUCAAAAAGUCCUUUUUCAUCCCCCAUUGGUAAUAUACUAUUUUGUUGCAUUUCGCUGUAACUAUAAAACAAUAAAGUGUUCAAAAAUAAAAAUAAAUGCACCCACAAUGUGCACCCUAACUGCCCACUUCCCCUUUUUGGUUAUCUUUGUAGUUGAAACUCAGGUAAGCUUUCUCUUCUUUUUUCUUGAAAUAAAAGAAAGGGCCAUGAACAGAUGGAGGAUCAACAGACAGUACAAGAUCUUGAUUUAGAAAAAAAAGCUUCCUUACCCAGAAGAAAGCUUUAUUUGGUUAUCCUAUCACUAUGUUUGGUAUCCUUUUUGGCAGCAUUUGAUAAUAUUAUUGUAGCAAGUAAUACACCACUCAUAGCAGCAGAGUUUAAUGGUUUUGGACUGUACAACUGGGUUAAUACGGCCUUUCUUUUGACAGCAUCUACCUCACAACCCAUGUAUGGAAAAAGCGUGGACAUGUUUGGAAGACGAGGUUGUUUUUUAUUUGCUACUGCAUCGUAUCUGGUUGGCUCCAUCCUUUGUGGUGCAGCCCAAUCGAUGGUGAUGUUGAUAGUUGCUAGAGCGUUGUGUGGAUUAGGUAUAGGUGCAUUUGAUACCCUAAUGAAGAUUGUUGUUGCAGAUUACAUACCCGUUCGAUAUAUUGGUACCUAUCAAUCCAUGCUGGGCAUCUCUUGGGGAUUAGGUUAUGUUGUAGGCGCUCUCGUAGGUGGCGUUGCUGUGGACCAUUCAGGUUGGCGUUCGGUAUUUUGGAUGGCAUUGGGAUUCUGCAUCCUUUCUCUCAUCUUUAUCUUUUUCGCUAUCGAGGGACCAGAAUCCGAGGAACGUAAGGUGGCAAAGAAGCUAGGCCAGAUUGAUUUCUUGGGAAUCAUCCUGUGGGUCUUGGCAACUGUAUCCCUUGUGCUUGCCCUCAGUUGGGGCGGAACAAGCUACGCGUGGAACUCGGCUGUGAUCAUCAGUCUCCUUUGCGUCUCAGGGGUUCUAUUGAUAUUAUUCGGUCUACAUGAACGCCUGUGGGUUAAAAGGGAUCCCAUCGUUCCUUUUGAGAUUUUUACAUCCAACCGUAGUACAGUCCUGAUUUUAGUUGCAGCAUUUUGUUAUGGUGGCUGCUUCCAAUCACUGAUGACGUACGUACCCCUUUACUUAUCCGUGAUCCGUCAGGAAGACGCACUCGCCUCGAAUCUGGAACUACUCUGCCUCGUUUUACUCGCCUGCAUCUUUAACGUCAUCACUGGGCUUGUUAUCGUCAAGACAGGCAGAUAUACAUGGGCAACGCGUCUCUCGCUCUCGAUCCUUGUGCUUGCGUGCGGUCUACUUCAGUUCUUGGAUGUGCGGUCCAGUCGAGGACUUAUUGUCGGCUUGAUGAUUGUGACUGGAAUUGGUAGUGGAGGAAUGAUCAACAGUGAGAUCAUUACAGCACAAGCGUCGGUUCCUGUGCAUCAUGUACCUGCUAUCGUGGCCUUUAUGACCUUUUGUGAUCAAGUAGGCGGUAUCACGGGUAUCACAGCCCAAGGCAGCAUUCUUUCCAAUCACCUCAUUCAGACACUCAAUGAUCUCAAUUUACCCAACGUCCAACCGUCGCUCGUUCGACAGAGUGCGUCCUACCUCUGGGGACUACCUGAGCCUGCUCGAUCGAUUGUCACGCGUGUCUAUCUCGAGUCGAUCAAGAUGUCCUUUUGGGGGUCGUUUGCUUUUGCUUCAGCUGGACUCUUAGCUACCCUCGGACUCAAGGCGUAUGUCAUGCGAACAAAGUUACUCAAAGAAGAGACGAUACCAACUGAAGAAUAAAAAGAUUAAAAAUCCGACUUAUCUCUUUUUUUUCUUUCUUUUUUUGCAU